GAGGAAAGCCACCACUGCUCAUCGCCAGCUGCUUACUUAGCUGAGCCGGCACAGCCCAAAGUCUUAAACGUCCCCCCACAACUCAAUUCAUGGUGCGAUCUUUCGCGUUUCUACCGCAGUCUUGGCUUUCUCUCCUCGUCGUUGCGCAGCGAGACCAGGCCCGGCGAACGUGCGUCUCAAUUGCUUUGCUUCGCCCUGGCAUGAGCCUUUGUUGAGCUUUCCCCGCUACCCCCAUCGUGCGCACGCGACAAUCAGUCGUCAUGGCGGGCAGUCGCACGUUGGCGAGGUCCUUGGUUGCCCAAGUGACGCCUCUCCCACCCUCACGAUGUGUCCAGCCAACAGUCUCGCACUUUCAGCUCGUCCGCCAGCGGCUCGAGGCCCAGUCUCGCCAGUACAGCAAAGCGGCCAGGUCGUCCCCGACAGCUUCUCCUCCACGACGGCCCCUGCCAACGGUUAGCCCAUCGUCGCCCGUUUCCGUUGGUAUCAGGCGCUUUCUGUCUGGCAAACCUCUUCCUCAACGACGAUCGCCUUUUCUCAACUUCGCAUAUCGAUCUGCUGCCAUCAUUGGCACCGGUGUUGGCUUCGUCGGGUUGCUCGUGACGUCCUUCUUCAUCUACGACGCUACGACCUAUAGGGAAGCCACUGUCAUUGGUGAUUGUGCCGUCUCCAAGGCUGCCCUCGAACCCCCGCGCGGCGGCCCCAAGAACCUGCCCAUCAUUCAAGCUUUCCUGGACGACGAGGAAAGCGAGGAGCACAAGUUGCGCAAGGAGAAGCCAAGGCUCGUAGUCCUCGGCGGUGGCUGGGGAGGCGUGGCCCUCUUGAAGCAGCUUAACCCGGACGACUACCAUGUCACUGUCAUCAGCCCAAAGAACUACUUCCUAUUCACGCCCAUGCUUCCCUCUGCGACUGUUGGCACUCUCGAGAUGCGCAGUCUGGUCGAGCCUAUUAGACGAAUUCUGCACGGUGUUGGCGGUCACUAUCUUCGCGCGUCUGCCGAGGAUGUCGACUUCUCCCACAAGCUCGUCGAGGUCUCGCAGACAGAUGCUUACGGCAAGGAGGUCCGCUUCUAUGUUCCCUAUGAUAAACUGGUCAUUGCGGUCGGUUCCGUGACGAAUCCGCAUGGUGUCAAGGGUCUAGAGAAUUGCCACUUCCUCAAGGAUAUCGAAGAUGCCCGCAAGAUACGCAACCAGAUCAUGAGGAACCUCGAGCUCGCCAACUUGCCAACGACUUCUGACCAGGAGCGCCGACGUUUGCUGUCCUUCGUCGUCAGUGGCGGUGGGCCAACAGGUGUCGAGUUUGCGGCAGAAAUCUUUGACUUGCUCAACGAGGAUCUAACUCGGAGAUUCCCACGUGUGCUUCGCAACGAGAUAUCUGUUCACCUUAUCCAGAGCCGCGGCCACAUCCUCAACACCUACGACGAAGCAGUCUCGAAAUAUGCAGAGGAACGUUUCGCACGCGACCAGGUCGAGGUGCUCACGAACUCGCGUGUCAAGGAGGUGCAGGCGGACAAGAUCAUUUUCACUCAGAAACUGGAGAACGGUACACUCGUCGAUAAAGAACUGCCUAUGGGCUUCUGCUUGUGGUCUACCGGUGUCUCCCAGGCUGAGAUCUGCCGCAGGAUCGCAGAGAAGCUUGGCCCAUCCCAGAAUAACAGACACGCACUCGAGACCGACACACACUUACGCCUGAACGGCACGCCUUUGGGGGAUGUGUACGCCAUUGGAGACUGCUCUACUGUUCAGAACAACGUCGCCGAGAACAUCAUGUCAUUCCUGCGCGGUCUCGCUUUCAAGCACGGCAAGGAUCCCGAGACGCUCGAGCUGCAUUUCUCCGACUGGCGCAAUGUAGCCGCUGAUGUGAAGAAGCGGUUCCCGCAGUCCGUAGCCCACUUGAAGCGCCUCGACAAGCUCUUCCAGCAAUACGACAAGAACCAGUCCGGCACGCUCGACUUUGGCGAGCUCAGAGAGCUGCUCACGCAGAUUGACAGCAAGCUCACAUCACUGCCAGCCACCGCGCAACGCGCCAACCAACAGGGAAUCUACCUGGCCAAGAAGUUCAACGCCAUGGCUCACGCGGCCCCAGGCCUGCACACGAACGACAUCCGCGACGGCGACCUGGACGCGGCCGUUUACAAGGCGUUCGAGUACCACCACCUUGGUAGCCUGGCGUACGUCGGCAACUCUGCCGUGUUCGACCUCGGCAAUGGCUGGAACCUGAUGGGCGGUCUCUGGGCCGUGUACGCGUGGCGUGGCGCAUACUUUGCGCAGAGCGUCAGUCUGCGGACGCGGGUGCUGAUGGCUAUGGACUGGACCAAGAGAGGGCUCUUUGGUCGAGAUCUGAUGAGCUUCUAACAAGCGGAGUAUGAAAACUAGAGCGUGAUUGUAAAAUAGAAACUGCAAGAUAUCUCGAGUCUGCUGAGCAGACGGUUGCAAGCCAUGGACUGUACAUAAUUUUGGAGACAGAUGUAGAGGUGGCACGCAUUCUUCCAAUCUAGAUACUGAGUAAAGUUAAUCACAUAUUCAUGAGAAGGCGGCUUUCAAUGUGUCCAAAAGUGAAGUCUGCAGAAGCCGACAUCGGCCACGUGCAGUUGAC